AUGAUUUUGCAUAUCAACAAUCGAUCCGACUACCCGCUGUUUGUUCUGCUGGCAAGAGAGGUUAACGGUGCACACUCUCCAUGGAUGCAAGUCAGCUCACACUAUAUGGCACUGCUCGACCCCACACCGUAUGUAAACCCCAGUCUGCAAGGGUAUAUCCUGAUAAUUGCUUCAGCAAGGCACUACCACCGUAUCAUCAGAGGAAAGGCGCAGCUAGACAUUGAGAAUGACAUGUUGGUCUACCGCACUGAGGAACUCGCAAGCGGUGAAAAAGUCAUGAUUACCGACAUGAUGGGCGAUGACCCAAGCACAGAUGGGAUCACACAAAUGGGAUUAGACACUGGCUAUCCUGCAAUUUUACCGCAUGACAAGGCAGAGCACAUACAUCCACGAGUCCACCAGGAUGUAGUGCCAUAG